AUGGUUUUAUUGUUGUUCUUUGUAUUUGGAACACUCGGAGUCGACUAUAAUAUUAACAUCAGAUUUAGUCAGGAAGACGAACAAAAGAUCAUCGACCUCACGCAAUCCCUCUCCUCAACGUAUGGAGUGAACAACCAAAUUGACUUUUCGAAAUGUGCGCCUCAUAUUACACUCUAUCUCACCCUUUUCAAGGAAGAAGUGAUUCCAAGGGUAGUCGAAAGAAUUGCAAAGGCUAUUGAAAACUUAAGAGGAUGUAACAUCACACUUGACACUGCGGAACCAAGCGGAAACUACUACAUGUUUAAUGCAGCAAAGUCCGAUUGCCUUUCCACUCUUUCCGAAUCCAUUGUUAAUUUAGUCUGUCCAUAUUAUGACAAAAGUUAUGUAUGUCCUUCUUGGGUUGAUGGGAUUACUGACGAAGAAAAGAAAACGACGAUGAAAUUCAAUUGUGACCAUUAUGGUUCACCUAACGUCUUCACGACUUUUUCUCCACACGUUACUUUGUUCUAUAACGACGACACAACCCUCAUCAACAAACUCCCAAAGACACUCGAACCAAUCAAAAUAUCAUCAACUAAAGUCAGUAUGACCGUCUCUGGCAAUUACGGAACAGCAGAAAGAGGAAAAGAGAAUAUGUACGGAUACCUCUACGACCCGUUGAUCGAAUUUAAUUGA